AUGUUGUGGAGGGCUAUUCAAUUUGAAUCUAUUGGUGCGUUAUCUUCUGCAAAUAAUUCUGUGGCUGUUGCUGAUAUAGAUGUAAAAUUGCAUCAUAAACUUGGUGAAGAAGGUGAAAUUAAUGGCUAUCCUAGCAUUUCUAUAGAAUUAGUCAGAGACGAACGUUACACUUUCUAUGGGUCAAAUCAGUCAGCAGAGCAAUCUCGUUUAAUCUUGAAUGGUCUAAAACCUGAAUCUUCUCGUGCCUUCUCACUGAGUCAGAAUCGCUUUUCUUCCCUUGCGAGGGAACUUGCUCUAAAGCAUGAAGAAUUUUCAGCACAGGACUCUCUUCAAGCUGCAGAGCAUUUUGAAGGUAAAAUACCCGUCGCCUGUUAUAGAGGAAGCUCUUCUGGAACAAGUAAAACCUUAGGAAGAGGCACAGGAGUUCCCCGAUAUAAUGAAAGAAAACCACCGGCUAAGGACAACCAUACAGUUUUACCCAAGUUUCCCUAUCCAAAUGGGACAAAUGCCCUCGACAAACAUCACUCGGCAGAGCAAUUCAGUGCUUACAGUCGUUUGCUGAGAGAUGGGAGGUUAACCGACUGCAUGGAUUUGCUUGAAGAUAUGGAAAAAAGGGGGUUGUUGGAUACAAACAAGAUUUAUCACGCAAAGUUUUAUAAAAUCUGCAAAAAUCGAAAAGCUGUUAAAGAAGCUUUUCGUUUCACCAAGCUGGUUCCCAACCCAACAUUAAGUACAUUUAAUAUGCUGAUGUCUGUGUGUGCAAGUUCUCGAGAUCCAGAAGGAGCUUUCCAAGUUAUGCAACUUGUCCAAGAGGCUGGCAUGAAAGCUAAUUGCAAACUUUACACAACUUUAAUAUCAACUUGUGCUAAAAGUGGAAAAGUUGAUGCAAUAAUUAAAAAGUUCAUUUCUACUGUGCUGACGUUAAUGGAUUUCCAUAAAGAAGUAGGUAAGAGAUUGCGAAGCAGCAAAUACUGA